AUGCUCCAGCCCCGCCCCGAGGGGCCUCCAGCCCCGCCCAGUCUGAGCUUCAAAAACAAACCUGGAAGCUGCCUGGUCUCAUUGUACCCGCGGCCGCAGCUUUCAGAGGGGACGCCGCCCACGGCCCGGCCUGGGCCAGUGUGCACACGCGUGCGUCACCACAGACAUACUCGGCUCGCGCGUGUCACCGCAGACACUAGCGCUCAUGUGCGUGCGUCAUCAGACACACUCGGCUCACGUGCGUGUGUUACCACAGACGUGCGCACACAGGCUCGUGCUUGUGUGCGUCACCACGGACACAGCACGGCUCUUGCUGGGCUGCUCCGCCCAUGGGGACCACGGGCCCUCCUGGGACCGGACACCCACCUGUCUGAGCAUCCCUACAUCUGCAUCCAUCCGUGCGACUUGCCUGCAGCAGAGAAGGACUCCUCGGGCACAGAGAAAGGUCAAACCUCACCCCCCCCCCCCGCAGGCACAGUGGGGUCGUCAGGACUCGGCCCCCAGCCCAGGGGGCCGCUCAAGCCCGUCCCCCUCCUCCACAGCCGACCAGGCCCUGCCCGCCCCCCGCACCCUUCCUGUGACCUACGGGGCGGUGACCAACUCGCAUCUCUCACAUUUUCCCCAAGACACUGUCUCCUCUGCCUGGAACACCCCUCCGCCCACCCCAGCCCUCUGUGGCCUAGUGUCCUCCGUUCAGACUCCAGGCUGGGGUCUCCCCUGGGUAAUGCCCAAAGCUUCUGGGGCUUGCCCCACCAUGACCCCACACCACCAGGACCAGACCCCCUGUCUCCCCACCCGUCAGAUCCCAGGCAGAAAGCCCGUGGCCAGCAGGGCCAGGUCCCUCUGUCUGCCCGGCGCAGAGCGGGCAAUGCCCUGAGCCCAUGGGAGCCCCCAUCACCAGAGGACAUGCCACUCGCCCGGGGACACCCCCCACUCUCCUCUCUCCCAGAGGAGUUCUUGUGGGGCCCCUUUCACUUGCAGAUUACCCCUGUUUGCACAGUGAGCUGUCCCGAGGUCACUCUCUGA